AUGGAGCCGAUACUAUCAAUCAUCGGAGACCAAGGGGAUGCUUCGUUCACUUUAUUCAUGGAUGAUCAUGUGAGGUCUGCCAGGACCUUUGAUGACAUGUUUCGAUUCUUGCACAAGAAGUACUUUCCGCGUGUAGCAUUCGGACCAGUAUACCUUUCGGGCCAUAAAACACAUUUGUUCACGGACUCUCUCGAGAUGGUUGGCUUCACAGGCGGCCCAGAAGGUUUACGCCCAUCUGCUAAGCACCGCCAAAGAGCUAUGCAUUGGAAGGAACCAACCAAUCGGGAGGAGCUCGAUGCUAUCAUUUGGAUCACCCCCUUCUUACGCAUGUUCAUCCCCGGGAGAGCUGAGCUCGUCAUUAGGUUGAAGAAGGCCUAUCUCAAGGAGGAAGAGGUGGAGCUAGAAAGUGGCAAUAGGGAAUCGGUCCGCAAGAAAUGGGUCGAAAAAGUUCAUUUCAGAGAAUGUAAUGAGCGGAGUCGAUGA